AUGCCAAGUCCGGGCCCUGUGGUUGAUCCGGCCACGACCUAUGAAUGCCCACUGUGCCAGGAAAUGAUUGGGCGCAAAGCCCUGGCCGCACACCUCAGGACAUGCCAUGACUUUGAGAGGCCUGCCGAGAUGGACUUUGUCCCAGCCCGAGAUAUCCUGCCCGGACGCCUGACUUGUGCACAUUGCAGAGCCACCUUUAGCAUGGAUUUUGCACUGAGAAUUCAUUUCAAAAAAGUUUCAUGUCCGGUUCGUUUGUGUCAACUAGUUCGGGAUCUACACUUUGGUGCCCCAAUUCCUGUUCAGAUUGCGGACAUGCAUGAAGCGCCAGUGACUCGACGAUCGACCAUGACAUGGUCAUUUGAUUUGAUGGGACCCAUAGAGCCUUUGGAUCCCCUCCGCCCGGCUAGCAUGAGCCUUCUGACCCCCAUAGUCUUUGCCAUGAGAACGCCUUUGUCCUUUGCACCUGAAGUCCGACUACAAUGGUUCAUGGAAGCCCUGAUCUGGGUCAUUCAUUGGCCUGCACUUCCGCAGGUGUGCUUGCCCAUGACCUGGCUUAGCUGGUUCUUGCAGCACAUCCACCUCCUGCUGCUGGUGAUUUGGGCCUGGCGCUCAACCGAGGGGACACAGAGAGUUUUUUUUCGAGAGAUCAUGUCGGAGCGUGCCGAUGACCAACUUGAGCUGUUGAUCGAAAUUUUUUAUUUCAUCUUGAGCACGCGUUGGCCCAAAGAUGGCGACCUUAUCCAGAUGAUUGCACGCCUCAGCCUGAGACAGGAAGACCUUUUGAACCAGAUGUCUCUCGAUCGGUCUUUUGUGGUCUUCCUACAAUGCGGAAAAGGCAGCGUGAUGCAUCAGCUGUUGCAAUCAUCAAAAGACUGGCACAACAAACGCCAGACCCAGGGAGUGAAUCAACCUUUGAGAACCUCGAUGUUCACCACCUUCAUAGAGGAACUCAUCCGCAGAGCACAGUCCUUGAAGCUCGACGAUCCCAAAGACGCCUUGCUCUUGGGCCUCAGAUCCAAAAAGAUCCUCACCAGUUCCAACCACUGGAACUACUUGAGUUGGGACUCCAAAGCCGAAUGUUUGCUUCCUAACAAGAUGGAUCCUUUGAAUUCCACUACCCUCCACGAGAUGCUUCAGACUUUGGCUCGUUUGUCCCAGCGGCCGGACCUUGUUCACAGAUUCACGGCCAUGAAACCCCUUCCGAAAGACAAGGGGACCGACGAAUUGACCAUUGCCAUUCCAUGGCGGUUAGAUCUUUCGAUGGGAAGCCAGGAAAGCCACGACAUGCACCGCAUUGUCACUCAGUUGAGCGGCAAUGGAAUAACACAAUUGGUCCUGAUGAGGCAUCGUCCGACGAGUUUGCAGCGCAGCCCACUCGCAGUGGCCAUCAGUCAGAAGCUCCGGAAAUGA